UUAUAACUCAGUUAUACCAAUUCCCCUAUAAAUUGAAUCUCAAUACCCUCAACCAACCCACAACUUCAAUUGAACCUCCAAACAUAUUCUUGAACCGAAAUGGCACAACACCAAAAAAUCAGCACAAUCUUGAUGAUCCUAGUGGUCACAAUGGCAGCCUUAUACGGCGGUGCAAUGGCUCAGUCAUCAUCAGGGUGCACAAAUGUGUUGAUUAGUAUGUCACCAUGCCUGAACUACAUUUCGGGUAACACAUCAACACCGUCGUCAGGAUGUUGCACCCAACUAGCUAGUGUGGUCCGGUCACAGCCACAAUGCUUGUGUCAAGUUCUUAACGGUGGUGGCUCGUCUUUGGGAAUUAAUAUUAACCAGGCUCAGGCUCUUGAGUUGCCUAAGGCUUGCAAUGUCCAAACACCACCAACUAGUCAAUGCAAUGCUGCGUCUCCAACCAACUCUCCUUCAGGAACACCUUCGGGUCCAGGACGCGAUACAAACACCGUGCCAUCAACAGACAACGGUUCAUCCGAUGCAACUUCAAUAAGAUUCACAACCAUUCCUAUAAUAUUUUCAAUGCUUGUUGCCAUAUGCGCUACGGUGUUCUAGAUUUCCAGCUUAUUUUUUCUUUAAUUCUUAUGUGUCGAGGGACAUACUAUGCACGAAAUUCUUUUUAUUGCCAUAUUUGUAUUGUUUCAGAUGAAUAAAUUGAUUUCUAUGUA